AUGGCAGGCCUCCUCAAUUCACGCUGGGCACCUGGCGCGCCAGGCGCACCAUCAGAAAGAUUCCAAAGAUCCCAUCCACGGCCCCAACCAAGUGGGAGCGUUCGGCUUGCCCCACCAGGCAGCCUACUGCCGCCAGCCGAAGAGCUAUCGCGAUUCAUGAAGAUUGUCGCGAGGCUACGAUGGAAGCUUCCAUUUCUGGCUGAGGGUUAUCGACUCGCGACAGCAACCGGAGACCAAAUGCCGGAUGAAGUGGCGCAUGCCGAGAUUAUGUUCAAGAUCGAUUUCCACGAAUAUUACGCGCUUCUGGAGCGCGCGAUUGUGCAUUUGCUUGCUGUUUUCAAUAUUGCUGUUACCUCAUCGCGGGCGCCGUUUACGGCGAAUGCGAAUGCGAAUGGAUAUGGACAUGGAAACGGUCAGUCGGUCGGUGUUCAUCGGUACCAUGCCAAUGUGCUCGAGGCGCUGCGGGAACAGACGACGCCUCUCUCGCCUGUUCUUGGCAGUGGGUCGGUCUAUCUUCAGCUGCAGAAGGCCAAAGAGCUGCGCAAUAGAUGGAAGACGGCAGAUUUGACUAAAGAGGAGAGGGAGAGGCAUGGGGAGCGCUCGGAUAUUGUCCGGCUGGCGGACUUUGAUUUCGAGGGCAUUCUGUCGGGGAUCUUUGGGGGCUUGGAAGAGUCAUAUGUCAGGGCAAAGGAUCACGUCGAUAAAUGCGUACGUCCGGAUGAUUUACCUGGCCAAACGAACACCGAGGCAGAUUGGGGAUUCAUGGUCGAUGCUAUGGACUGGGAGGCCGUAUGA